AUGAGGGUGUUCGGCAGCAGGGGUCUGAGGUCCUCCCUUCUGCCGUUGGCCGCCGCAUCGCUGCAGUGGCUGUGGAUACUUACAAGUGAGCUGGAUUAGAAAAACAUUUGAUGUGCGAGGGCCGUGUGUGUUCACGUGUGUGCUGUGUCUGUUUGCACUGAGUGGAUGUUUGGCUGCAGGCCAUGCCACAGAGUGGAGCGAUGAAUUCGGUGAGCACUCAGCGGGGAAGACACAUUCCUUAUACAUGGGCACGUGUGUGUGUAUGUGUGUGUGGGUCUAGCCAAUCCUGCAUCGGCUGAGUGUCAGUGCAAUGGGACGAUAACCGGCUGCCCAACCGAAGGCAGAUACUUCCUGUAAGCAGGCAGACACACAAGUGAACAGAAACACACAGAGAGAUGGACUCACAUGCACACCCUGCAGGUACAAUGACAGCUUUUCUCUGCAUGGCUACACGCUGAAUGCCUCCAUCCCUGAGACAGACUUAGAUGCGGUAAGGACACACUGCGUCCGCGCGUGUGUACGAGCGUCAGCCUUGUUUCUGUCUCUCUGUGCACUGUGCAGAGGCGGCAUGAGUGCGCUGUGCUGUGUCUGGUACAGACACACACAUACAGACAGACAUGCACGUGCAUCCAUCCUGCUGUCCCGCACCACAGGCACACCCCGCAUGUACAGGCUUCGAAUACCGGGUAAGUAAGUACGGCAGACGACGAGCCGCUGUGCCCAAGCUAUGUAAUGGGUGUGUGCAGGUAGACAGCGAGCGUCGGUGUGAGGUGCAUAUGAGUUUCGCCAAGCUGCCGCCGCCCGAAGAGCGCAACUCGACCACGACCAAAUGUGUCCGCAGAAAGGGAGGCGGUACGAAAUGCAACGUCUGCACAGACAGGAGGGAGGGAAGAAAGCACGCAUAUAGAUAGACACACGUGCAUAUAGAUGGAUGGAUAACUGGAUGGAUGCAAUGAUUGAUGGAACGCAGCGAAUAAGAUCGAUCCAGCGGCGUGUCGCCUUGACAACGUGACGGAGCCGAUCUUCUCUCUCGCCGACGUGAGCUCCUGGGACGACCCUCCAUAUAGCUCCGACCCCAUCAACCCGCCCACGUUCGUCAGGCGGGCCCUCUGCUCAGAAGAGUGCAUCAAAGACCGGUAACGAAGCAAGCAAGCAAGGAGGCAGACAGGCAGACAACGAAACAACCAUAUAAAAUUGUGUGUGUGUGUAGGCGUUGCACGGGCAUCGAUUUCACCGCAGGCGGCACUGCGCCAGAGUGAAACGCCUAUGAUCCCUUUGACCUUUGACCUUCUCUAUGCGCCGUGUGCUGUGUAUGUCAGGUGCCGCCUACUCUAUUCUCUGGUCAACUCGGGCGACCCCUCCUUCACUGACCGGGUGUGCUUCUACAAGAGUGGUCUGCCAGUGCCCGCACUCGAGCCCCCUGUGUUUUACCAUUAUGACGUGGCGAUCAUCACUCUCACCGUUUCAUUUGGCGAGACCGUGUCGGCCGGCUUUGCACCGGCCAAUGAGUCCUUCGCCACCAAUGGGACUCUCACUGACAUAAGGUAUGCAUUCAUUAUCACACACACACAUAAGAUGAUCUGAUCAUGUGGGCGCAUUUUGUGUGUGUGUGUAGGUCGGUUGCCGGAAAUGACACGAUUUACGAGGCCGUUAUAGUGCCCGACGCGCCGCCCGUCGGCAGCAGCGACAACAUCACCUUCAUGCAGCUGACCGUGAUGCAUGGAAUCGUCAUGGAUGACUUCGAGAACCCCAACCCCAACACCAACCUCUCAUUCGCACGCGGUUAGCGAACCACGUGUGCGCAGCAACGGAUCUGUGUGAGUGCGUCUCCUUCCCUCUCUUGGUCUGCGUGCUGCGUGUUGCGGCAUACAGGUCCUCUCUUCAACGCGUUUCUCUCCUCGCCGCAGUCGGCGUGGCAGUCGGCGCCGGUGGAGCUGACUGUGACAUUUGACAGAGACAUCGGUGUGUUUGACCCGGCCGGGUUCUCCUUCUGGGCUCACUCCUUCGAUCUCUCGGCCAGCGGCAGUGUGAGCGUGUCGAAUGUGCGGCUGCAGCCAAACAGCGCGACAGUGGACAUCCUGCCCUCGAUUGAAGGGAAGGUCAAGAUAUGGUUCCUCUCCGGCUUUGCGUUCGACGCAUACAUCCCCGGCCGCAGCAGCUACGUCUCGCCAAUGCUCGAGCUCGACUUCGGUCAAAACACACUUUUGUCCUAUGCAUCCGUCCCAUCUCUCUCCGUGUCUGUGUGUGGUCAGUGUACCCCUUCAACGUCACUCUGUCGAGUGCCAAGUCGCUGUGGGAAUCGCUGCCCAUCGAGCUGGCCAUCGCCUUCGACAAACCCGUCAGUGACGCCGACUUCUCUCUGGCUGACCUGGUGCUCUCCCUCGACCCUUAUGACCCCGGCUUCGGCGGCUCGGUGAACGUCAUCGCAUCCAACCUCCGCAGAACGCCCGCAUCGGGUCCGUUCACCCAUGCGUUGGUGGACCUGGAGCCGACAGUUGAUGGCAACGUCACUGUGGUGCUGCCAUUUGACACUGUCUCGGAUGCUGACCGGCCCAUCAGAGGCAACAACCCCGCACAACUCGUCCUCGAAUACAGUCAGAAGGAGGAAAAGAGAGAGAGAAGGGGGAAAGGCUGUCACAGAAAUUUGUGUUGGUGUGUGUGUGUUGCAGGGACGCCUGUGCCGACGGCAGUGCUGUACAUUGAAGGCGCCAGCAGCAACACCACGGCGGCCUACCCCAUCUCAGUCAACGUCACUUUCAGCAAAAAGGUCACCAUCGACGACAUCGCCAAGCUGGAGCUCGUCAACAGCCAGCUGGUCGGCAGCGGGCCAGGUGCCAUCACACGCGUGAGCGACAACUCGUUUUAUUUCGCCGUCGAGCCGACGGGCGAGACAGUGACCAUUACAGCUGGCCAGGGGCUGGCUGUCGACGACGUCAGUCAGCCCAACAACCGCUCUCUGCCUCUUGUCGUCACAUUCGGUGAGAGGAGGGAGAGAGAUACGAGCAUGCGCAGCUGAAUAAACUCCUGGCUGCCUGCAGAUUACAUCAACUCUCUCGCCGCGCUCGACUGGGUCACGAAUGUCACUCUGUCGAUGGCAAACACGCUCUUCAACACAGCCUCCUUCCAAGUGACACUCACCUUCAGCAAAGCCAUCGUGGACACCGACUUCUCAACGAAGUUUCUUAUCGACAGCUCACCUGGUACUCCCAAAAAAGACAGACACAUUCGCGCCGACAUCUGAGCGUGCUGAUUGCAGUGACGGCAAUGAGUCUUCAGCGUCUGGGUGCGACUGAGUACACGGCGACAUUGGCUGUCCCUGCGAGCAAGGGCGACGGCGAUGUGAUGGCCGUUGAGUUGGAUGAGCGGGCAGUGACGGACACGGACGGGCUCACCAACCGUGCGUCCAACACUCUCAGUGUCGAAUAUGGUACGUGUGUCUCCGGGAAGCAGGACACAUGCAGGGUGACCCACAUUUGUGCAUUCCAGAUCCAAUGCCGCCUGACAUCACGAUAUCUUCCUCCUCUGCUCCCGCCACGAGACACCAGGACUUCUUUGUCGAUGUCGCAGUCUCAGAGGUGCGAUGGAUAUGACAUGAAUGGGCAUGCUGAUAUCAAGACGCACACAUCUGUAUGUCUCUGUCUCCGUGCAUGCAGGUGGUGCAGCCGUUCACGACCAGCAUAUUCACUGUCGUGAACGCGGCGAUAGUGUCGAUGGCCGACAACCCGUCGCAGGCCAACGCCAAGAUUCUGGAGGUGCGGGCGGCCACUGAAGGCACAGUCACCAUCACAGUCGAGGUUGGACAAGUCGCUGAUAUUGUCGGCAACACCAACCACAGGAUAUCCACGCUCAGCCUCGAAUAUGGUGAACAUGUUCUGCAGCCCGUGUGUCUCGCUUUCACACGGGAGAAUCUGGGUAUGUAUCUGUGCGUGCAUUUGUGUGCAGAUAUCACCCCGCCAUCUCUGGUCUUCAAUCCGGCAUCUGUGUCUGCGACUGAGGAGGCCGUCGGCGUGUCGGUCACAUCGAGUGAGGCAUCAGACGUCUUCUGCCAGCCGCUGAAGCCAGCUGACAUCGCCACAUACACCGGUAGGUCGGCGUCUUUUGCUCGCCCGUGUGGACAUGUGGAGACGUGUGAUUGUGCAGCGUCGGACUUCGACUUGAUCAAUGUGCCGCCGGCUACAAGCAUCUCGCCAAAGCAGGAGAGGCGGGCAGUGGGGCCUGCAGCCUUCGCUGGCGCCUUUUCCUUCUCCGCACUGGUGCCUGACACGACCCACAAUAUAUCAUGCAUUGCGAUCGAUGUUGCCGGCAACGUGAUGGACAAGGCAGCCGCACUCACCGUCAAGACAACAGGUCCAUACAUAUGAAGCGUACACAUCCAUACGAGCGUCUCUCUCCGUUUUAUGCAGCUAUUAUUCCGCCGCGUGUGCUGGUGCCCAAUAGCAACGACACGGUUGUCAUCACCAACGACAGGCAUCUGCUCACUCUGCACUUCUCCGAAGCAGUGCGGGACAUCAACACGGCCAAUAUCGUGGUGAGUGGGUCGCUUGGCCACCAUGGAUAUGAUGAAUGAGAGUGCAGGUGUCCAACGCGGCUUUGAUCGACAGCAGCAUUCGCGAGCAGCUGUAUCUGGAUCUGGUGCUGGAGGUCUCCACACAAGGGCCUGUGAGCGUCACGCUUAACGAGGGCGCCGUGAGGGACUCAUACGGCUCAAAGAAUAUCUUUUACACAUAUACUGGCCUCUUCUACGGUAGAAGCACAGAAAGGGAGAGAAACCCGCGUGCAUUGAAUAUGUGGCUGCGUUGCAGACAUAGACGAGUGUGCGACGGGCGGCCACAACUGCUCCGACACGUGCCACAACACACUUGGAGGCUUCAUCUGCCACUGCCCAGCCAGCGCCCGGCUUCAGACGGACAUGGCAACGUGCCUCGGUCGGUAACUCGUCAGUGAGAAAGCAUAUGUGCCGACGCAUACACAUGUUCAUCUGUGUCUCUCCCUCGCUGGAACAGUGCAAGCAUCGAUCCAAUCGGUGGAUGUGUCACGCGCGCCACAUACGGGAAUACAGCUGUCGGUCGCUCUCACGGGCAGCCGGCUCAGCCCAACCGACGAGCUGAUUCUAUUCCCCCUCACCACAGCCACCCCACAAGCGCACUCAUCCUCUCUGCUGCAACUGAUAAGCACGAACGCAGUCGACACAUUCUACCUGCUGCCAUGCGCCGGCGACACAAACACGACCACGACACUCUCAUGCGGUCCGAUGGAAUACGCCACCCCGCACGGCUACAUUGUCGCUCUCUGCCACGAAGAGUGGAUCCCCCUCUCGCCGAACACUCUCCUGCAGCAGAGGUACACGCAGCUGGCGGCAACGCCGGACGCCGUGCUGGCGGGUCAGCUCUCCAUCGAUGGUGGGGAGGUGUCCGGCUCUGCGGCGUGUCAGAGCCUGACCUAUCUGAUGGACAGCGAUCCGUCGGCAUUUGUCGAGGAGAUUGUGGUCCCUGGCACACAGCCGCUGGCCAGUGCAUCAGGUGGGUGGGUGGGUACUUUCUCAUGUCAGUGCACAAAGAUCGAGACUGAAAUAUGUGUGCGUGUGUGGUAACACAGAGCCACUCUCGGUCGUCAGCUUUUCCCCGACCACACUCAACGAGGCCGAAUUGCAGACGAUCAACAUUUUGGCAGAUGCCUUCGACGUCGGCAGAGACCGCUUCAAGAUAGCGACAUGCGGCGAAUGCGCCACCUCAGAGGGCUUCGGCCUGACAUGUGACUCAUCGCUGGUGUGCAUCACGGUGGUGCACAGGAUCGCCCCCGAGCUUUGUCUGUGCAAAUGCGACGCCUCUCUCACACUCGACGGCGACUGUCUCGCCGACCACAGUUUCUCUCCCGCACAUGCAGCCAAUUUCACCAUCGUCCCACGUACGUACACAUUGAUGACUCGAUACACGUGAUGUACGUGACCUGCCUGUGUGGGGCAUUUCAGAGAGCGUGUUUGUGUCGGCGGUCGAGUACGUGGAGCAGAGACACCCCCCACAGACGGGCAGCUCCCUGCAGCUGACAGUGAGGGGCCACCACCUCGACCCAAGCAGAGACAGGCUCGCGCUGGUGCCAAGCGAAGGAGACGACUUCACAUGCGGGGGCGAUCAGCAGCCAUCGACACUGACUUCACUAAUAGUCCACUGCUCAUGGUUCACGGAGCACCUUGUGUGCGACAAUAUGACACUUCCCCACGCAGGCAGCUUCAAGGCAUGUCUGUGCGACGGCACACAGCAGGGGUCAUGUUUGGGAAGCGCAGACUUCUCGAUCGAGCCGGCUGUGGACUCUGUCUUACAAACUUACUCUGGUGUGUGUCGCACGAAUGGCAUACGCACGACAGAAACACUCAUGUCUCUGUCUUUGUUUGCCUGUCUGUUGCCUGUUGCCAUUAGGUAUGGUGUGUGGACAGGCAUGCGUCACAGCUACUGAGUGUGAGACAUUCACGCAGUCUCAGCCCAGCUGCGUAAGCGACGACGAUUGGUCGUCCGCAUGCUGAUACAAUCCAGCUUUCCUCUCCCCCCUUUCUUUAUGCCUGCAGGGACCUCGCUGCGGGAACGGCGUCGUCGAAGCCUCAGAGGAUUGUGAUGAUGGUGAAGUAAAAAUCAAAAAGGUCGCUCAAGCUUUGCCUUGUAUUUUUGUGACGCUUUGCAGGCAACAAUCUCUCCCAGGAUGGAUGCGACAGCCGCUGCAAGACUGAGAGCGGUGACGCUCUGUAUCCCCUGCCCCGACUGAUCAGCGCCGAGACUUCCUACUCGCCCGCCACAGCCACCGUCUGCUUCGAGGCGCCCCUUCCCGCACCAUUCGACCGAGACCUAUGCUCGUCUGUCGACAAUAUAGGCGUCUUCGGCUCAAAGACGCAGUGCGUGUGGGCCACCCCGGACAAGCGGUGCAUUCUGAUUAUCUCGGGGGGCCAUGACGCCACGAUUAAACACAACCAUGGCUCGAUCAAGUCGGCCCUCAGAUCGUUCGACGCCGUGCACUUUGAAGCGGGCGCGUCGAUGGACACAUUGGUGCCGACAUCGAGGGUGGUGGCUGCAGACAGUAUGUCGCUGUGCUCUGGGUCAAGUGAGCCUCUGCGGAUUGACAUAUACACAGGGGGCAGCGGCGGGCGGCGGGUCUUGUACAUGUUCAGCAGCGACAUCCCCGAGCUGGCAAACACACUCAACCAAAACUCAGGCAAGCCAACCACACGUCAUCGUCACACUCACGUAAUGAGUGGUGUCUCGUGUGCACACAGGCUGGUGGCCGGCAGCCACCACAAUCGAGGUCCCUCACUCCGUCCUCUCGCAAAUACAUGAGGCUGGUGAAGACACAUUGACAUCGACCAUAUCGGCAGAGAACUAUCUCGGCAUCUCGACAAAGCAGACAGUGGCAGUGGGGCUCAUGAAGGAUGUCUGCUGCGAGAUGCCUACUCUGAGGACGACACGCACCACACUGUCAUUUUCCCCGACGGGCCAGAUGCGAUUGCGGGCAUAUCCACACUCACACGGAAAUGGCAACCCGGAAUCAAUCGCGGGGGUCACCUGGAGGGCGCACUCACGCACUGCGCCGUGGACGGUGAUCGAUCUGACGGGCCAAGACAUGUCUCGGGACAAACUUACUGUGCGAGUUGACACCAACGAUGUCUUCAGCAGCCGCGAGGAAUUCAUUGGCCGGGUGUUCGAUGUGUAUGCUAACAUCUCUACAACGACAGGCUGUGAAAGACGCGCCAGUUUCGAGGUCAAGAUCGACAAAUACGGCGCUCCUGAUCUUCAUCUUCAUCUCCAGCCACCUCUGACAGUCGCCCUAUCUGCAGCCAGCAGCCGGCCACUUGUUACCGAAUGGUUCUGUGUGUGGACACCUCUCAGCGGCAGCAGCCCCUUCGCCGUGUCGUCCACCCGAUCGAUGCCCUUCCAUUCGGCACCCGAGCUGCUGCUGCGAUCGCUGAGGCAUGACGCGCCCAUCCACGACUGUCUUGACCGCUCUUUGCUGGCAAGCGGCUCUUCUGUGGUGCCCCUCGAUCCCACUGGCACUGCGGACGGGACAUUCACCCUCGAUAUGGGGAGUGUCGCAGACGGCGUGUAUGUGUUUGCCGUCGAGGCGAGCCAGGAAAUGGGCGAGGGCGCUGUGGUCGGUGGCGCAGUGACAGUGUCGUCUUCUGGCAAUGAAGUCUCUUUCCGGCACAUUGACAGGAGCAUCGAAAUGCCAUUGUCGUCUCACGCUGUGGAUCUGGGGACGAGUGCCCCCACCACACUGACGCCUUUGGUGUCUUACGGCCGCGUACAAGCAGAGGAGGUCUUUGCCGAGGAGAUAUCGCUGGCCAACGGGAGCGUCCCCGCCGGCACGCUGCACCCCGGAUGGAUCUACCACGCUCAGACCGACGACUGGCACACAAACAUACGCGCCACGCUGUUCCCCUUCGCUGGGUCGUUGCGCGCCGAUCCGCGUUCUGGCGGUGUGGUCAUGGUCGAGCAAUAUGGUUGGGAAGUUGAUCCAGCUGCAAAGGAAACCGGAAGAGAGACAUACACCCUCUAUCUGACGGACUCUUACCCAAUCACGGCUGAGACACGGAUACAGACGCUCUCGUUCAAUCGCUUGGAGCCUUCUCUGCUCGUCUAUGUGAACAAAGGCGACUACUUUGUACAUUCGAAGCUCACGGACGCGCUUGGGUCGACCUGCUUCCUGGAGUGUGUGGGAGACGCGGAUCUUGAUUGGUCGGCGACAUCGCUGUGUGACCCUGGGUGGGACAGACAUCGGCCGACGAUAUGUCCGUUUGUGCGGGUGAAGGUUGUUGAGGGCAUUGCGACGCUGGCAGACAUCAUGGGCCUGCUGGACGCGAUGAGACACACUGAUGUAGGGGACAGAGAAAGAGAGAGCCCUCUCACGUAUCUCUCUCCCUAUGUAUGUCUGUGUAUGGAUGGCAGGAUUCAGCAGAGAUAGCCUCGGCUGUCAUCGCCGCAUGUGACACCCUCUCCUCUCUCGGCCAGCAGGCCGUCUCGCCAUCCCUCCUCAACGACAUGCUCGACUUCCUCACGGCCAUGUCGAAGGCCACACACCCAGCAAACAGGGAGGAAGAUCAAAUACUGGUCGGCGAGGCGGCCGAGCGGCUUGCCAUCCUAGCAGGCGAGAGCAGCUACACCCUCAGUGCUCAUGAGCUUGUCACGUUUCUGACCAAGCUGACUCGACUGAUUCAGCCGACCAACAAGAGGAGCGCUGCACUCUUGCUGCGGAUCCUGCCGGCGGUGAUGGGUGCGUUGGCGAGGGAGGGGGUCUUCCCCGAUGACAAUGAGGGCAGUACUGCAGACAACAGCAACGCGACUCAGGCUGUGGCCAGAGAUGCGUUGGCUCUGAUGGUGAGUGAUGGGAUGAAACCCCAAAUAUGCGGUGGAUGUGAAUAAGUGCUUGUAUCACGUGGAUGCUGCAGGAAGAUGUGUACGAAAAUGUGACGGCGCUGGCGUAUCGAUACUCCCUGCCAGUGUGGUACAUGCAGCACCAGUUCUCCAUCUACAUGCGGCAGUACACCGACGACGACAUGAGACACGGCGUCGAUAGGGUGGGCGUUUGAGGAACAGAGACAGCGCACACGCACACACAAGAGCGAUGCCUGUCCAUGUCUCUCUCGCUGUUUAGGGGCGUGUUGCCAUCCCCCGGCUGCCCAUCGACGCCCUCCGAAAAUCGUACGCAUACACACAUGCACAUACACAUACACAAAAGCAAUCUUCAUUCAUUCAUUCAUGCAUGCAGAUGCACCAAGUUGCAGAGGCUGCCCAAUCCGCCAGAUUGCUCCAAUGUCCCCCACAACAUGCACAUGACGCUCGUUCAAUUCCCGGCCAACCCCCUGCUGGUCAAACACAACCCAGCCAAUGUCUCUGUGAUCAGCGAGACCCUCACCGUCGACCUCUGGAUUGACGUUAUACGGGUGCCUCGUGUGAAUGUGACUGCUGAUGCGCCUGUAAUGGUGUCGUUUACUCUACCUGCGGGAACGCCGAGGGGCCGAGCCUUCUGCAUGUACUUUGACGAGGGCAGCCAGACGUACGUGGACGCCGGAUGCCGAGUGACAGCCACAACAUGGGUACGCAUACCUGUAUCGGUCAGAGUCAGAUACUUGGGUGUGUGUGCAGGUGGUGCAGUGUGCUUGUACGCACAUGUCCUCGUUCACGGCGGCGAUCGAGGCGCUGGUGCCUUUACCGGCAGAAGAGGAGGACGAGUCGCCGCCGGCAUUUGACACCACCCUGCUGCUUAACAUGCUGCUCGCCGGUACGUAUACAUGACUGAAUGGGUGUGCGUCCAUGCAACACCUCUGUGUGUGUGUGUGUGUGUGUGUGUCUCUCAGGGAACAUCGGGUUUUGGUGGCUACAAAACAGGACUGAUAUGUGUGUAUGCAUUGACAUUACAUAUGAACACGAUGUCUUUCAGGUUCACCAUCGCGACUACGAUGCUCUACAAGUUCCCUGUUCUCUCUUUGUGGCUGCGGGUGAGCGAGAUUGCACCUCCGUGUCCAUGCUCGAUCAUAUGUCUCCGUGUGUGUGUUCAGGAUCGUGUCGACUGGGCUCCCGUCGAGGACCGGCUCAAAUUCUUCUUCCGUGACCGGUAUCCAUGUUGGUCCAGACGUCGGUCCGUCUCCCUGCAGAUGCAACAGUCUUUUGCAUGGAUGCAGAUGGGAAAGGACUAACUACGACGUCCCCAUCUGUAUCUGCAUACCCUUCAUGAGAAUUCUGGUAGGCACACACGGACACAGAGAGCGCGCAUCCUGUCACGUGUAUGUCAUGAGUAGGGCUGUCUGUCCGUUGGUCCGAUCUACCUGAGCCGUCGGCGAGCGAUUCUCUUCCCCCUGCUGCCUCUGUUCCUCAUGUGGAGCCUGCUCAAGUGGCUGGCCAGGGGCUGCCGACACGCAAAGCGCAAAGAGAGAGACGCACAAUCGCCAAACGAUCCUGUACACACACAGACCCAUAGGCAGGCAGCAAGCGCAUCUGUAAAUAUUCUUCGUCAUGUGACAUUACGCAUGCAGGUGUUUGAGCAUCGGCGCAGGAAGCGCCAGUCGCAUUACAGGGAUGACUACGAGAGCGCGGCGUGGCAGUGGGACGUGUGGGACGAUGAACUGCAGACCAACGACACUGGCGGACACGGUGAGUGACGAAUCGACCGGUCUUUUCCUGUGCCCAGACGAGCGUGUGUCUGUGUCUCUUGACGCAGACGGUAGGAUGAUAGCCGCGGCCAUCCAAGCAGAGCCGGAGUGGUCCUCAAUAAUCGACCAGGCAGGCAUUCAGCCACAUAUACACGCCUGCACGCCUCUCUUGGUCGGUGAACUGGUGGGCUGGUGGAUGGGUGGGUCAAUAUAUGCAGGAUUUGGAGAUGCACGUGGCUCAGUCGGCGUCGAUGAAGCCGAGCAUGCAGCGGUGGCAGUCGGACGAGAUUAAAAGAAUGCGGUCCAUGAUGACGUUCGACGACAACAGAAGCGGCUGUGGACUCGAACCCAUUCACGUACGGAAACACAUCAAAGUCAUUCACACACGCACAUACACGUCGAUCCGCAAUGCAGGAGGGAAUCGGCGAAGACCCUGAGCAGCAGCAGCAGCAGGUUGAGGUGCGUACACAGACAUGGUCGCGCUGCAGGUAAGAAACGUAUCUGUAUGUCCAUCUGUGCAGGAGUCCGGCGAGCAGCAGCAUCUCCCUCGGUCCAAGAAGAGCGUCUUCAUGCACCGAUUCACCAACAUGCAGAAGCAGCUCGCCGCAUCACUCGCUACCGUGCGCUCUUGCAGGUGUGCAUCCAUCCCACACAAAACGCAAACACGCGUGCGUACUUGGUUGUAUGUGGCUGCCGCACCCAUGGACCAACAGAGACAGGAAGGCCUUGCGAGAGAAGAAGGCUGUCAGGCCCUUCGAGCUGCACGUGCUCAAGGAGAUAGAGAUGCAGAAGUACGGCAAGAUUGCCGAUCGGCUGCAGCACACGCACGAGGGCACGAGACGCCAAAGGUUCCUCAUGAGCAAGCAGCAGAAAGAGCAGGAGCGCCUCGAGCAGCUCGACAUGCUCCUCACACAAGCGCAGAUCGACCUCAACCUCGCCACGACACACAACACCGAGUCCCAGAGGCGAGAGCAUGCCCAGAAGAAGGAGCACGUGAGGCUGCAGAAGCUCAUCGAAGAGGAAACAUCCCUCCCGCCGCCCGCGGCCGUCAGCGUGCAGGUGGUUUCUGGCCUGGAGGAAGACCUCAGAGACGUCGACCUUCGCGCAAUCGCCAGUAGACACGUCCGGGAGACACCAGGUACACAUAAACAGAUGAGUGCGGAUGCAUCGACAUAUGUCUGUGUGUCGUGUGUUAGGCGGUGAGGGAGAGAAGAGUCACCCGAGAGACCUGCACGAGUACCAGCGAGCGGAGGCAUUCUACAUGUGGGUGUCAGCAAGCGGCCGCGACCUCUGUCUACACCCCGCUUCACACUUCAGAGAGAGAAAGGUAGCUCCCAAACUCAGUUGGAUACACACGAACACACAAGAAUUGUGUGCGUUGGAUGUGUCUCUCUCAGUGGAGAGGUUGGGUAGACUGGAGUGGGCCCCUGAAAGUGAUUGACAUUGACACCAUUGAGAUGAUCCUGCAGGAGGAUGGUGAUGGAACCAUCACUGAAGAGAUCGAGGGGAAUGGAGAGGCGGCAUACAAUCAACGGUCGCCGCCCAUCAUUGCCCUUUACGGCCGGGAGCCAUUGACUCAGAAACAGCACAUGUAUGUGCGCCACAGACGUGCGGAAGCCCACACACAAGCGAUCGGGUAGAUAUGUGCGUCUUGGUCUACACGCAGGAUUCUAAAGCUGAGACCCACCAAUAUGGAACAAGACCAAGACACCCAAACACACGACGAGACCAAUGACGCCGAGCCGAGGCGAUCGUCCAAAGUGCGUUUCCAUGCGUUCGUACCUUCAUCCAUCCCCCAUACACACUGACGACUGUGUCUCUUCCAUGCAGAUUCCCAUCUGGUUGAAGCUUUACGACUUCUUCGAUCUCGCCCCGCCCCACGUCAAGAAAGACGAGCACGUGCAGACGGUGCCCAGCGGCAUGACCGCUCUCGAGCGCUUCCUCUUCGCGGCCAAGCACUCGCGCGAGAGCGCCAUGAAGGCGUGGAAGGAGCUGUCACUGAGCGGCGGGCAGCAGGUGGAGAGGCGGCCGGAGCAGCAGACGAGCUGGUUCACUUACGAGGGACCUCUCCCUUGCUCGGCGUGCUUCUGUAAGCCUGUCCAUCUGUCAACGGUGAAAAGGCUUGACACCCUUUCUGCUGCUCUGCUGCCUUCAGGUCUUGUCAACGGCAAGCCAGCACAUCUCUGGUGGACACAUGACGGCUUGGUUAGUGACACUCACAAGGACACAAAGGAUGCGUGACAUCCAUUUGUGUGUGUGUGUCGGCACAGGUGCUCAACACAGAGAAGGUGGAUGCAUCGGAGCUGCUGCCUGGCCCAGAGGGGGAAGAGGGACAUGCAGAGACACAGGGAGAAGAAAGGAGAGAGUUGAUCCACGGCCACUUCCUUGAAGACAUUGUCGAUGUCAGCGAGCAAGCCGGCAAUGUGCACCUGACCUUCAAGGACCAGGCCGAGAUGACGGUGAGUGGACAGGCACACACACGAAGGGCGAUCAUGUCUCACUGGUGUGGUCUCAUUCUUGCGUUGCAUCUUCUGGCCGGUCAGAUCACCUUCCUGGACGCCCUGUCAGCUGAUGGCUUUGCCCGGCUCGUCCGACACCUGCAGAAAGUGGUCUCUGCAUGCACAAUUACGUCAAGCAUGUCCACGUGUACAUUGGCUGAUUUCCUGCAGGUGUUGCAAGCCCUGACAGCCGCGCCAGCUGACGCAUCGACCAAUGCAGGCGAUGUCACCCAUAGGUCGGCCGUCACGUCGAUCGUCACCGCCACACCGAGAAUGCUGGAGCCUCCCGAGCCGUACGUGGCGCAAAAUCUGCAGGUGCGAGAAUACGCAUGUGUCCAGCGUGACAGAGAGCAGGGUUGGCUGUGUGUCAGGCUGAGGCGAUUGCAGGUCGGUUGCGAUAUCAGCGGUGGAAGAAUCGGAAGAUAUUUGACCACGUCGUGAGGCGAGAUCACCCCCUGCUUUCCGUGUACGUACGGAAGAGACACGAUCAUAAGAGAACAGAACAGACACAGUGUGUAUCGAUUCAGGCUUGCGUAUGAUCCCUUCAUCACGCGUGCGCAGCGGUUUGCUGUGCUGGAGGCUUCGCUGAUCGGCAUCCUGCUGUGGGCGUCGCUCUUCUACAGGAAUGAGUGCUCACUGGCGAAAGAGGUGGGAUACCCAUGUCUCCACGUGUAUGAUUGGGUGUACAUGUCUGUAUGUGUGUGUGUGAGUUUGGCUGGCAGAUCGAUGACUAUCACACCCACCUGACCAAUCUGUGCUCGACGCCGUCAGUCUCCUACAUGUACGUGAGGCCCAGACACACACAGCCAAUACCCGCACAACGCUUCCGUGUGUGCCGGUAUGCACUGUGCAGGCCGAGUGUCGAGUCAAUACUCGUCAGUCUGCGGUCGACGGCCCUCUCCCUGCUCGUACCAACUAUCCUCUACGGGCUUUUCUCCAAAUUUAUCAUCGAGGUAAGCCACCCACACAACGGUAAGAGACACACGAGUCAUAUACGGAGGGUUUGGUACAUGCACCCACAGGAUUUGCUGCUGCCGGCUGAGAAGUCGUUCCAAAUGCGUAGUUGGGAAAUGAUGGACAUCGCUGGAUGGACACUGUGGACCACGUGGAAUAUCUCGUGUGUUGUGUGGCUCAUCAUCUUUGUCAUGGUAAGAGCGAGUAUAUGCAGACAUGAAUGGAGGGAAAGAAAACGGGAGUGUUUGUGUGCUGACAAUGUGUGUCUCAUUUGUACAGGGUGUGGACGAUGGCCUGAUGGGCCAGUGGAUAUGGGCGUCGUCACUUGGGCUCGCAUACAGGCAAAUGCACACGGGACACACACUCACCCUCACACAUGUGCAUCCAUGUCUCUCUUGUUCCAUCAAUGCGUCAAUUUCAGGCUUGUGUUGAUCCCUGGGCUGAGCAUCCUGUGCGUCACGGCCAUCCUGAUCCUCACCAAAUACAUCUCUGUGUUGGACCCCAUCAUCCUGCUGGUGCCCUCUCUCGUAGACUUCCCGCACUCCAGCAGACGUAGAAGGCGAAAGCAGCUCCCCACGCCCGACUAUGUACGCAUCGAUUCCCCACCCACAGACGCAACACACGUAUAUGCGCUCCCGCGUGUUCGCAGAUCGAGCACAAGAAAGAUGACCUCGAGCAUGGCGAGCAGCAGGAUCCACUGGUCAACGACUCCCCAUUGAGUCAGGAGAGCCCUUCUCUCGGAUCAUCCGAGCAGGAAGAGUUGCAUGGCGUAGUGAGGCCGGCAGAUCACACAAGGCUCUCGCCGACCACACACGGCAGACGGCCGUCCAACACAGAUAGGCGCCAGUCGGACAGCGCACGGGUGUCAGUGCGCAGCUCGCUGGGCGAAAUAUGA